GACUAAACACAUUUUGUUGGGCUGAGCCUCUCAACCACCACCUGCCCACUCCCGCGCGCGAGCAAGUCGUCCAUCCCGCCGCCCGUCGCUGCUGAUUCCUGCGGCCUCGCUCCCUCGCCCACCACCGCCCACCGCCCACCGCGCCCUCGCCGCCGCAUCCCGACACAAUGCCUGCCACCGCCAUCCUGUCCCGCACCGGCGCUCAAUUGAGCUCGCGGGGGUCAAUUGCCCUGCGCGGCGCCUUCCAGAGACGCACGCCCGCGCUCGCCGCCCUGGCCCGCUUCUAUGCCUCCUACCCCCCGCACACCGUCGUCAGCAUGCCCGCGCUGUCGCCGACCAUGACCGCCGGCAACAUUGGCACCUGGCAAAAGGCUGUCGGCGACUCGAUAGCCCCCGGCGACGUGCUCGUCGAGAUCGAGACAGACAAGGCACAGAUGGACUUUGAGUUCCAGGAGGAGGGCACCAUUGCCCGCAUCCUGCGCGACGCCGGCGAGAAGGACGUCGCCGUUGGCAGCCCCAUCGCCGUCAUGGUCGAGGAGGGCGCCGACGUGUCCGCCUUCGCCAACUUCUCCAUCGAGGACGCCGGCGGCGACAAGAAGGCCGACACCCCCUCCAAGCAGGGCAACGCCGCCGAGGCCAGCGAGCCCGCCGACUCGGGCUCCAAGACCGCGCCCCCCAAGCAGGAGGCCCCCGUCUCGCAGGAGUCCGACUCGACCGGCAACCGCCUCGAGACGUCGCUGCAGCGCCAGCCCGGCUUCUCGCCCGCCGUCAAGGCGCUUGCGCUUGAGAAGGGCAUCGCCCUCAAGGACAUCAAGGGCACCGGCCGCGGCGGCGCCGUCACCAAGGCCGACGUCGAGAAGGCCCAGCCCGCCGGCCCCGCUGCCGCCGCCGGCCCCGCCGCCUACGAGGACACCGAGGCCUCGAGCAUGCGCAAGGUCAUCGCCACGCGCCUGACCGAGUCGAUGCAGCAGAACCCCCACUACUUUGUCGCCUCGUCCAUCUCCGUGUCCAAGCUGCUCGCCCUGCGCACCGCCCUCAACGCCUCCGCCGACGGCGCCUACAAGCUGUCCGUCAACGACCUGCUCGUCAAGGCCCUCGCCGUCGCCGCCCGCAAGGUCCCCGCCGCCAACUCGUCGUGGCGCGAAAUCGACGGCAAGAUCGUCAUCCGCACCCACCACACCGUCGACGUCUCCGUCGCCGUCUCCACCCCCGUCGGCCUCAUGACCCCGAUCGUCAAGAACGUCGGCGCCCUCGGCCUCAGCGCCAUCUCGUCCCAGAUCAAGGAUCUCGGCAAGCGCGCCCGCGACGCCAAGCUCAAGCCCGACGAGUACCAGGGCGGCACCAUCACCAUCUCCAACAUGGGCAUGAACCCGGCCGUCGAGCGCUUCACCGCCGUCAUCAACCCGCCCCAGGCCUGCAUCGUCGCCAUCGGCACAACGAAGAAGGUCGCCGUCCCCGCGGAGAACGAGGACGGCUCCGCCGGUGUCGCCUGGGACGACCAGAUUGUCAUCACCGGCUCGUUCGACCACAAGGUCGUCGACGGCGCUGUCGGUGGCGAGUUCAUGAAGGAGCUGAAGAAGGCGAUUGAGAACCCGCUCGAGCUGCUUUUGUAGUGGACGAGUCUCCCGUGAAGAAGAGGAGUGCAUAAGGGGAGGAGGGGGAGGAGGAGGAGUGCAUGCUGUAGAGAGUAGCGAAGACGUGUGUGUGUAACUUUAGGCGAAGCAUCUCUUGUACAAUGACCGACUGUGACUGCAACUGCAACUGCG